UGGUAAAGGGACACAGGCUGAAAAAUUAGCUGAAAAAUUCGAAUUAAUGCAUGUAUCAACAGGUGAUUUAUUUCGAUAUAAUUUAGGAAAUAAUACAGAAUUAGGAAUUUUAGCCAAAUCUUUUAUGGAUAAAGGUCAAUUGGUCCCCGAUGAAGUAACUUCCGAUAUGUUAAAAGAUCAUUUAUUAAAAAAUAAAGAUCAAAAGGGUUUUAUUUUAGAUGGUUAUCCAAGAACAAUUAAACAGGCUGAAACAUUAGAUUUAAUGUUGAAAGAGUUAUUUAAUGCAGAAGUAACUACAACUUUAUCAUUAGUUGUUGAGGAUAACAUAUUAAUAAAUAGAUUAUUAGAAAGAGGAAAAACAAGCGGGCGGAGUGAUGACUCAAACAAAGACGUAAUCGAGAGUAGAUUAAAAGAAUAUUACAAACAAACUCAGCCAGUUUCUGAUUAUUAUAAAGCAAAUAAUAAAUUAGUAGAAAUAAACGGGGUGGGGGCAAAAGUUUCUCCUGAUUUAUCAUUAGCGAAAAUUUAUAUAAGUGUUUUCCCAAAAGAAAAUAGGCAAGUUGUUUUUAAAGAUAUUGAAAAAUCAAAACCACAGAUUCGAUUAGAAAUAGGAAAUAGUUUAAAAAAUCAAUUAAGAAUAAUCCCAGAUUUAAGGUUCUAUUUAGAUGAAUCUAUUGAUAAUGUUGAGCUAAUAGAAAAAGAACUUAAAGGAGAAGGAAACAAUCCGAAAUUA